GUAAUGUGGGCUGGGACAGAGCUGCAUCAGGACCAGUAACAGCAUCAUCACUGUCAGCAUCAACAGCGGUAGUCAAACAACAGCUCCAUCACCGGGGGCACCAUCACUAGCUAGAAUCCUUAUCAAUAUCUGAAACAUCACUAUCAACACUCGUAACCAUUGUAAACAUCAGUAUGGCGGAGAUCACCAACCUAGCUCCAAGCUUUGAUAUGUCUCCAAUAGCAGCAGGAUUUAUUGGAGCCACUGUACUGGUAGUUUUAGUUUCAGUGACUGUCUUCAUCUGGACUUGCUGCCAUCAACGGGCAGAGAAGAAACAUAAAAAUCCCCCAUACAAAUUCAUACACAUGCUCAAGGGGAUAAGUAUCUAUCCAGAGACCUUGAGCAACAAAAAGAAAAAUUUCCACAUACGUAAAGAUAAGCGUCAAAACAACAAUCUUGCUGAUCCGGGGAACUUGUUGGUAAAUAAAGCUGAGGCUGGUUUGAUGAAUUUGGAAAAGGGUCCAAAUGGUCUGGCCACAGCCACAUGUAUGGAUCAACUACCAAUCAAAGUGGACUAUGGAGAAGAAAUAAGUCCAGGUCAGAGCCUGACAUCUAGUGGCAGCAAAACCUCAUCCCCCUCUUCUCCUGAUGAAGAUGUCAUGCUUGGUGCAUUGACUCUUUCAGUAGAUUAUAACUUCCCCAAAAAGGCCUUAGUGGUUACCAUUCAAGAGGCUCAUGGUCUCCCUGUGAUGGAUGAACAUUCUCAAGGCUCUGACCCCUAUAUUAAGAUGACUAUCCUACCAGACAAAAAGCAUCGGGUGAAAACUCGGGUUCUGCGUAAAACUCUUGACCCUGUAUUUGAUGAGACCUUUACAUUUUAUGGAAUUCCUUACAGCCAGCUGCAAGACUUGGUACUGCACUUCCUGGUACUGAGCUUUGAUCGCUUUUCCAGAGAUGAUGUAAUUGGAGAAGUCAUGGUGCCACUUGCAGGGGUGGACCCCAGUACUGGAAAGGUACAGUUAACCAGAGACAUCAUAAAGAGGAAUAUUCAGAAAUGCAUCAGUCGCGGGGAACUGCAAGUCUCACUGUCUUACCAACCUGUGGCACAGAGAAUGACAGUCGUGGUUCAGAAAGCCAAACACCUGCCGAGGAUGGAUAUCAGUGGCCUCUCAGGUAAUCCAUAUGUGAAAGUGAAUGUGUAUUAUGGCAGGAAGCGUAUUGCCAAGAAGAAGACUCACGUCAAGAAGUGCACACUGAACCCUGUCUUCAAUGAAUCCUUCAUCUAUGACAUCCCUACAGAUCUGCUACCGGACAUCAGCAUUGAGUUCCUUGUCAUCGACUUUGACCGUACCACCAAGAACCAGGUGGUGGGAAGGCUAAUUUUAGGGGCGCACAGCAUAACUGCCAACGGUGUUGAACACUGGCGGGAGGUCUGUGAGAAUCCUAGGAAGUUGAUUGCCAAAUGGCACAGUUUGAGCGAGUACUAAAGGCUGCAUCUCGCAGUUUGGAGGGGUGGCAGAGAUGAACUUAGACCAUGAAGGUGCAAAAAAGGGUUAAAGAGCCAAAGAGGCAAGAAUUUCCAUUUUGUGUAACCUUGUAUAACCCCUCCAGUGACCAAGGCAACUUUAAACUAUUGCAGUGAAGGUUUGCCCAAUACUGAAGGUGUUAACCUCGUUUUAGUGGUAGAUCAAAUCUUUCUUAGCCAGUCGGUUCUUACAAUGUUUUGCAAAACAUUAUGAUUCUAAACAUUUACUAACUAAAUCAUAAGAUAACAGCUCUAAAAAAUAUGUAUUCAUAUACAGGACUAUAAUCACUUUAUUGCAUGUUUUAAGACAGGCUGGAAUAGUUGUUUGAACGUUUGGUCGGUCUCCCUGAAACUCCCUGUGCAUGUCAGGCACAUAUAACUGAUCCCCUACACCUGUGAAGGCAUUUUGCCAUGGGUCCCUUGAGAGCUUUCAUAGCACCAAUUUAUAGAGGAAGAGGCUAUGUAAGUUACUUGUAUAAACACUGCUUCCUGUUUGUAUGCUUCUUCCUAAUGAACACUCAUGCACACGUUGCCACAAUUCAAACGGGAAAGUUCAGAGAAGCAAGGAUGAGACUUAAUGAUCUCUGACAUCCUGCUGAAUUUACAUAUUUUGUGUUUUUUCCAUUUAAGAAUUCAGUACUAUUAAAACAGUCCUAAUGAGCUUCUUUUCCACCUGUGAUAGCUGCUAUUUUGUUGAUUAUAGACUCCAGCAUGUGCUUCAAGGCCCCCUGGUGUGGUACUGUGGAAAUGUUGCAGUUUUUGAGUUUCUCCACCUCAUCUCAGUGAUCUCCACAUUGUAUCAUCUUUUAUUAUUUAGGAAUUGUUUUUUUUCUGUAUUGUGUAUAUGUGAAUAUGCUCAAAUAUUGUAAUCUAGGGGUUCUUAUAGAGGCUUGCAGUCACCAUAAUCAGAGAUGACAAGGGAUGUAGCUAGACAUGUGUUGGCAAGCAGGGAAUCUAAAAAGGGAGAAGAUGUCUACGCUAACAAAGAUGAAUUGGGAAAACCCAUGUGGGGUAUAAAUUGAAAGAGAUAAGCAGUGUAUUUAGGAACCCAGGUGAGUGGCCAUAAAUAAUGCAAACAUAGUUGUUUAGAAGGAGGCAAUAUGCAGGGUCAGUGAGGCAAGUAGAAUUAAGGGGCACAAUUUAGGGAGAACCAGGAAGUCAGGGCAAAGCAUGGACAGCAGACAGAAAUAUAGGGAAAAAAACAGACAGCAGUUAGAGUCUGGGGGCAGGCAGACUACAAAUGGAUUUCAGUAGGGUAUAUUUUGAUUCAGAAACACUGAAACAAGGUAUAAUUGUGUUCACAUAUUUUCCCUAAUAAGUGACUCAUACCAAAAAAAUAGUAUUUCUGAAACCAAUAUUUUUGCUGAAGUUUCAUAAAUGAAUGAACCAAUUUGUAGAGAACUACUGCCCAGUUUAGAAACAUAAGCCACUUUAGAUUUUUUUGUAUCAUUUUUUAAGUAUCACGUAUGUUAUCUGCUGCCAAAAGGACAUCAUGCCAUUGUAGUUCUGUCCCCUUUUGAUUUCAGACAUUUUGUCAGCUAUUUAUUGUCACAUAAAACGUUUCUAUGCUUUUGUGCAGAAAUAAUUCUGCAAUAUCACAAUAGGUUUUUGUUUUGUACAGUGGAAGCUCCUCCCUAGUAUUUUGUAUGGAGUUCCCUCUUUCAAUUAUGUAACAGAGUUUACUCUUGUCUGUUUAGUUACUUAUAGACACCACCAAAGUAGUUGCUUUCCAUACAAGUGUGUCCUUAAUAUGGGUACCAGCAUGUUUUAAAAUGAUGUAUAGAAAAGAAUGCCUAGGCUAGUUUCUCUAAUAGCGUAUUCAUUUCCUAUGCAUUUCACUAAAGGCUCCUCAUCUGUCGUUAGUCUUUAGUGUUCUUUAAUGAAUAGGCUUUAAAGAAUAAUAUAGGAACUAGUGAGGCUGGUGAACCUGGGGAGGCUUUACUGAGUAUAACCCACUGAUUAUUUGCAUACAGUUCUCUAGACAAAUAACAGAGUAGUAGAAAGCAAGAUAGUCACUGGAAACCAUACUGGAUUAACUGUAGCUAAAUCAUAAAAUAUCUAUCUCACAAUUUUAUAACAAAUGUA